UCCUCCGGCUCUCCCGCGGGUCGCUGGGUCCUGGAGCCGUUGCCCUUUCCUUUUCCUCCUUUCGCGUUCCCACUCCCCACCCCAUGCGGGUGGCGGAGGGGAAGUAGUCUCUGGUGGCUGCAGCAGCAACAGAAGCGGUGGCAGCAGCUGGAGUGCAAAUCCGGGCAGGUCACUCUGGCUCUCCCUUCCCCGAGCAUGUCCCGUUGCUGCUGGCACCGCUGGAGUGAAUCCAUGGCAAAUCAAUUGAAGAGAUCUACAAAGCUCUCUCAACGCUGUUCUUCCCUGACCUUACAGGAUGAGACAGAUGCCCCUAAAGUUUCUGCUUCAUCUUUCCACCCUAAGAAACAAACUGGUGCGAUGCCAUUGAAUGUGUCCCGAUGCCGUCGCGCAGAAUCCUUUGCUGCGCCAGAUUCAAUCGUAGUGACUCUGCUCCAGGCCUUGGCCCAGAUAGGAGUCCCACUUUCGGAGGCAGAGCGCUUUGAGGCUCUUGUGCAGCAGGCAGGGACUAGGCGACCAUUCCCCUCCCUUGCACAGCUUUAUCGUAGCUUCCUUCCUGCCCUGAGACAACGGCAUGAAUUGGCUCUUUGUCACAGCCUUCGGCAUCAGGAUGCCUUUGUCUUCCUUCAUGAGGCUACCACAGACGACGGACGGAUAGCCCUUGGACUCUCCCUUUCGCCUCUUAAUAGACUUGGGCAGUCUCCACUGCUUCUUGGGAUUGAGAUCCUGGAAGAGUUGAGCCGUCCCUUAGUGGCCCGUGCUGUUGCCCGUAUGCUGAGUGAAGGGCAUGUUUUGUUCCACCGGGUACUGGCUGUGGUCACUUCAGGGGGUGUGCCUAUGAGCCAGGCCUUCGCUGCAAAUGGGAUUUUGGGUGAGGUGUUGCCGGCUGCCCUUCAUGUUCCUUGCUUGUAUCAUCAGUUGGAGUUGGUGAUAGAGCUAUGGCAAGAUAAGUUAGAAAGGCUGGUUUCACUGCAGCAUCUUCUGGAUGAGACGUUUGGACGGCGUCCAACUCUCCGUCACCAUUAUGCACUAUUCCUGAAAGAGCAUGAACUGAAGCUGUCUCUCCCUGUGUGCAAUAGGCAGGCCGGCCCUGAGGUUUGGUUGGAGAAAGCAAUAGGCAUUGCAGACCAUCUCCCAGUUCUGAGGGAAUUUGUAGCAAGUGAUGAAGUCGAGGGACCCAUUAUGGCAAAAUUGCAGAGUAUCUUAGUGGAGAAUGGCAAGCAACUUGUGGCAGAAGCCACUUUUAUAGCUGAGCAUGCCCAAGGUCUGUUGGCCACGGUACGGUUUCUCCACCAGACAGGUGAGCCCCUGGCCCACCGAAUCUAUGGAGAACUAGAUUCCUUGCGAGUUUCUUUCUCCUAUCACUUAGAUUCAAGACUGGGGCCCAAAACAGAACAGCAUCUGGCUUUGUGCCCACCUCAGUGGGCACAACAGUUUCGUGAAAUCUUAGCUCAGAGCCUGAGUCUCCUGGAGUGCUUGUUUGACUAUCAUCCUGCGAUGCCCACCUUGAAAGCAGUGCGGGCACUUGAUCCCAAGCAACUGGGGGCUGUAGGAUGGAACCAGAUAGAGAACGACCAAGGGAUCCCUGGCCUAUUGGGGGUGCCAGAAAUGGAAUGGUUUCGGUAUCAACAUUUGGCUGAAGCAGCUCCUGUUGACGUCUCCUUGGCUCAGUGGUGGGAGGCACAAGCUGAGCAGCUUCCUGUGCUGAGUCCACUGGCCCGGCGAUUCCUCUGGCUGCCUGUCUGUUUUCCCAAGUCUCCCUUCCUCCCAGGAGGUUUCUUCAAACUACCAGUGGCUGAGGAUGGCUUUACACAGGAAGGUGCACGUCUCUUAUGCAUGCUUAAGUAUAACCGCAAGCUCCUUUAAUUGACUACUUCUGUGUAAUUUAUCCAGGACUGGGCAACGUUCACUUGGAAUGGUGCAAAACCUCUAGUGUUUACUUUGGUUUUAUGAGAAUUUCAAAUAUUUGUCUUGUUAAUUAGAUGGAAAGUCACAAAAUAGCCUGAUUGUAAAACUA